AUGGGACGAAGGAAUUACAAGACAGCACUUGUCACCAGUGUCCUACUAAUAGUGAUAUACUUCUUCUAUUCGUCAUUCAAUGGACACGCAUCCUAUAAGACUGAACCCAAUUCCAACAAGUUACAACUUCUUCGUGAACUUGAAGCCAACACGGAGUGGAAAACUCGAGGCUUCAAUUUUCAACCAAGAUUGAAGCCUACUCCCGAUCAACCAAGUGAAGUACUUCGCCAGCUUUACCAGGGGUUCCCAUACGAUAGUAAUAGUGAAUUCCCGAAACACAUAUGGCAGACGUGGAAAGUUUCUUUACAAGACGAGUCUUUCCCCAAAAGGUACCGCAAUUUCCAAAAAUCAUGGGAUGAGAAAAAUCCCGGUUACAAACACUUUGUUAUACCCGAUGAGCAAUGCGAUGUCCUUAUUGCCGAGCUCUAUUCUGUGGUUCCCGAUGUUGCAAAAGCCUACAGAAUCAUGCCGAAAUCAAUCUUGAAAGCGGACUUUUUCCGAUACUUGAUUUUGUUCGCCAGGGGAGGAGUGUAUACUGAUAUCGACACUGUUGGGUUAAAACCCAUAGAUAGCUGGUCAAGCAACAGCGAAGAGAUUGCUGGAAAAACAAACAAUGCCGGUUUGGUUGUUGGAAUAGAAGCCGAUCCAGAUCGGCCAGAUUGGGCAGAGUGGUAUGCACGUAGGAUACAAUUCUGCCAAUGGACAAUUCAGUCAAAACGUGGACAUCCCAUGUUGGCUCAACUUAUAGCCAAAAUCACCGAUAUAGCGCUUACACGAUCUGAAAAGGGACAGUUGAAAAAAGUAUUGGGUAAGAACGAAGGAGGCGAUAUAAUGAACUGGACAGGACCAGGGAUUUUCACCGACUAUGUAUUCAAGUACCUCAACCAAAUAGUCGAGGUUGAUUGGCGACUUUUCACGGGAAUGGAGCAACCUAUCGUUAUUGAUGAUGUUUUGGUGUUGCCAAUCACUUCGUUCAGUCCCGAUGUGAAUCAGAUGGGAGCCAAGUCGUCAGGCGAUCCAAUGGCAUUUGCCAAGCACAUGUUUUCGGGAAGUUGGAAGGACGAUGGAAUGCCUGAAAUGGGAAUGUAG